AUGGAUGGUGUAAUUGGAGAGGAGUUGUUCGAGUUAUUGGAGAUUUUGAAGGAUAUUUCCCCUUUUUUGGAUCGGAUGGAUAGUGUGGUUUGGUGGAGAGAUGUGGAUGGCUAUUCGGUAAAGAAUUGUUUUAAGAGGCUAUAUUCCUUGAAAUUUCCUAUUAACAUCCCCAAUAACAAGAAAUUAUUUGAACUCCAACGGUUGUGGAAGGCUUUAGUGCCUUGCAAAGUUAAGUUAUUUGGGUGGAGAUUUCUCUUAGGAGCGUUACCUACUAGACAAGAGCUAGGUAAUCGGGGUAUAACAUUGUCGACGAGUGGUUUAUUAUGUCCUCUUUGUGGGAUAGAAGUGGAAACGAUGGAACACCUUUUCCUUGGGUGUCCAAAGGUGAAAAUUAUUUGGAUGCGGGUUUUUCGUUGGCUUGAGGUUGAUUUUGAAGCUCGCUUUUCCUUGAUAACGAACGUGGACAAUGUAUCGGGGGAGGAGCUUUUGGAUUUUAUCUCCGGAGUUUUAGUAAGGGAAUUUAAUAUGGGUUAUUUUGCUUUUAUUUGGCUUUUGGUUUGUUGGUGUGUUUGGAUUAGUCGGAACAAUUUAGUUUUUAACAAUGUUGUUUGGAAUGAGUUGGAUAUCUUCUCUUUUAUUACAUCGCUCGGAUGGGAUUGGUUUUCUAUUCUUGCAAAAGGUAAUGACGAUCUUUCGAAGGACAUUUGGUUAUCAAAACCUUCUAUGUACCUUGACUUGUAG